AGACGAAGUGUCUUGCAACAGUGGGCCGAUUCAAUCGCUGGAUCUCUUCAUUAUCUGAGCAACCACUCCUUGACAGUGUGGAGUGCACAAUACCGGACUCUUUCUUGCGUUUCACCACCUUUGUGACAAGCUGUCAAAGCACAACUCCGAGCACGAUUAUCUACAUUAGAUUUGUGUUUGAUGUGCCCAUCCACCAUGUUUCAGUCGAGCUUGAUUCUGGCGUCGCUCACGGAGGUAAAGGAAGAUCAUCAAUUCCGUGCGAAAAGGCAAAAGGAUAAGAUUGUCCGCUGCCAGCUGGAUGCUAAUCAAGAUGGAUCAAUUUGGAGCUAAUCAGGUGCGUCUCUCUCGUCAAGAGUUAUAUAGUGCCCGAGAAGGCCGCUGGAGCUUAUUACAAAGCGGCUCCUAGUAUUCAGAGCCUUCCGAGCGCAUUCAUAGAUGGAUAGGGGAUCGGGCCCAUGUUCAUACCGCACCAUGACACCAGACACUUCGACGCCCAAUCCUGAGGUACAAUAUGUGCUCCGCCAUCUUGGUGCCUAUUUUAAUUGCGUGUUUCUGGGUCCCCUUUAUGUCAGUCCAACAAAAUUGCGGUCGGAAUGCCUGCUAGAUCGAUUUUGCGUGGCAUAUCGAUAGGAGAGUUCCGUCGGCGCCAUUUUUAUUUUUAACCUUCUGUUCUCUUCCAUAUAAAAUCUCCAGAUAUGCCAUCUCGAUGUUCCCUGCAGCCGUCCAGACUACCACGGAAUCCGACGCAACAUGGAGCAGACAAGGUCCUCCGAGUCGAGGCGAUCUGUCAGCACCGUGGCUGGAGGACCAGCCCAUCGUGAGGAGUCAAUGUGGCAGACGCUAACACGGCGGUCGACAUAUUCCACGCACGAGGCCGACAGAGAGACCUAUGAUGUCGACAAGGACUACACCGAGUCUGAUCCAUAUGAUCCCACUUGGGACAUGGCCGGCGAAGUCAAGAGAAGGCAUGAACAAGACCAGGACAGCGGCCUCGGAGAACGAAAACUCGGCCUCACGUGGAAAAACCUUUCCGUCUACGGUGAAGGCGCAGGCACGGUUGUCCACGAAAAUGUCUUGUCGAUGUUCAACAUCCGUGCUCAGAUGGCCGACGCCAGGGCGAGGAAAGCGAAUGGUCUCAGGAAGACGAUCCUCGACAACUCGCAUGGUUGCGUCAAGCCUGGGGAAAUGCUUCUCGUUCUUGGCCGUCCAGGCGCGGGCUGCACGACCCUGCUCAACAUCCUGGCCAACGCUCGGCACGGCUAUGCAGAAAUCAAGGGCGAGGUCUUUUAUGGCUCCAUGGACCACAAACGUGCGAGCCAAUACCGAGGCCAGAUUGUCAUGAACACGGAAGAAGAACUUCAUUUCCCCUCCUUGACGGUUGGGCAGACGAUGGACUUCGCCACGCGGAUGAAGAUCCCUGCUCAUCGACCUCGAGAUGUGCCCAGUCCCAAAGAAUGGCAGGAAAGCUUUCGGGAUUUUCUUCUUCGCUCCAUGAGCAUCGAACACACGCGCGACACCAAGGUCGGCAACGAAUAUGUCCGCGGUGUAUCCGGGGGCGAACGAAAACGGGUUUCGAUCAUCGAAACGAUGGCCACGCGCGGAAGUGUUUUCUGCUGGGACAACAGCACCCGGGGACUGGACGCCAGCACCGCCCUCGAGUGGGCGAAGGCCAUGAGAGCCAUGACGGAUAUACUGGGGCUUUCUACCGUGGUCACGCUCUAUCAAGCUGGCAAUGGCAUUUUCAAUCUCUUCGACAAGGUUCUCGUGCUGGACGAAGGCAAGCAGAUCUUCUAUGGACCAAGGGAAACGGCCCGGCCUUUCAUGGAGUCCCUCGGGUUUGUCUGUGAUGAUUCGGCCAACAUAGGAGACUUCCUCACGGGUGUCACUGUGCCCACCGAAAGAGUGGUGAAACCGGGAUACGAGCAGCAAUUUCCUCGCACAGGUGCCACGAUCCGGGAGAUAUACGAUCAAUCCGACAUUAAGAAGCGGAUGGAAUUGGAGUACGAGUAUCCCGCCUCAGCCACCGCGAGAGAAAACACCACCGAGUUUCAAGAGGCCGUGAAGCAGGAGAAGGCCAAAAGCCUUUUCAAGAAAUCGCCGCUCACCACGUCCCUCAACAGUCAAAUACUGGCCUGCGUGGUUCGCCAGUAUCAGAUUCUGUGGGGGGACAAAGCCACCUUCGCCAUCAAGCAGAUUUCCUGCCUGGUCCAGGCCCUCGUCGCUGGAUCGCUAUUCUACAAUGCCCCGGACAACUCUGCAGGACUCUUUGUCAAAGGGGGUGCGUUGUUUUUUGCCCUGCUGUACAACUCGCUCGUCGCCAUGAGCGAGACCACCGACUCCUUCACGGGCAGACCUGUGCUGGCCAAACACAAACAGUUCGCCUUCUAUCACCCGGCUGCAUUCUGCAUCGCUCAGAUCACCGCAGACCUUCCCAUCCUCUUUAUCCAAGUGACCAUCUUCUCCGUGGUUCUGUACUGGAUGGUCGCGCUCAAGGCCACGGCGGCUGCUUUUUUCACCUUCUGGAUCGUGGUGUAUUCGGCAACGAUAUGCAUGACCGCGUUCUUCCGCCUUGUCGGCGCGGCGUUCAGCACCUUCGACGCCGCCUCGAAAGUCUCGGGUUUCGCUGUGGCGGCGUACGUCACGUACAUUGGGUACGAGAUCCCCAAGCCGCACAUGCAUCCUUGGUUCGUCUGGAUAUACUGGAUCAAUCCGCUGGCCUAUGCCUUUGAAAGCCUUGCCUCCAACGAGUUUCACGAUCGAUAUAUCCCGUGUAUUGGAACCAACUUGGUCCCCAGUGGGCCCGGUUACGACGCUGACACAAGGUUUGCCGCGUGCACUGGUGUCGGUGGCGCUCAGUCGGGAGCCAAUUUCGUUACUGGUGACCAAUACUUGUCCUCUCUAUCAUACUCGCAUUCGCACCUGUGGAGGAAUCUCGGCAUCGUCUGGGCGUGGUGGGCUCUCUUUGCCGCCCUGACAGUAUGGUUCACGAAUCGCUGGAAGCCCUCUUCAGGAGGAGGGGUGCUGCUUGUGCCGAGAGAGCGCAAGGCGCACGGCAAGCUCAUCGUCGCCAAUGACGAGGAAUCUCAACUCAAGGAGAAAGAGAUGGGGGCCGCCAGCACCAGCACCAGCAGCGCCAGCUCUGUGACACCUGGUGAGAAACAGACCGAGGAGACCGGAAGCAGGGAAGAACCCGCCGGUUUGAUGAGAAACACGUCGAUCUUCACGUGGCGCAACCUGUCCUACACCGUCAAGACCCCGUCUGGCGACCUGCAACUCCUGGACAACGUGCAGGGCUGGAUCAAGCCCGGGACGCUGGGUGCGCUGAUGGGGUCUUCGGGCGCGGGCAAGACCACGCUCAUGGACGUCCUGGCCCAGCGCAAGACCGAGGGCACCAUUCGCGGCAGCAUCCUGGUCGACGGCCGAGAACUGCCCGUCUCCUUCCAGCGGUCCGCGGGCUACUGCGAGCAGCUCGACGUCCACGAAGCGUACGCCACCGUGCGCGAGGCCCUAGAGUUUUCGGCCCUGCUUCGCCAGCCCCGCGACGUCCCCCGCGAGGAGAAGCUGCGCUAUGUCGACACGGUCAUCGACCUGCUCGAGCUGCGCGACAUGGAACACUCGCUGAUCGGCAAGGUCGGGGCGGGCCUGUCGGUCGAGCAGCGCAAGCGCCUGACCAUCGGGGUCGAGCUGGUGGCGAAGCCGCGCAUCCUCAUCUUCCUCGACGAGCCCACCUCGGGCCUGGACGGCCAGGCGGCCUUCAACACGCUGCGCUUCCUCAAGAAGCUGGCCGCCGCGGGCCAGGCGGUGCUGUGCACCAUCCACCAGCCCUCGGCGCAGCUGUUCGCGCAGUUCGACACCCUCCUGCUCCUCGCGCGCGGGGGCAAGACGGUCUACUUUGGCGAGAUCGGGGACAACGCCGCCACCAUCAAGGACUACUUUGGCCGCCACGGCGCGCCGUGCCCGGCGGACGCGAACCCGGCGGAGCACAUGAUCAACGUCGUCUCCGGGGCCCUGUCCAUGGGCCGAGACUGGAACCAGGUGUGGCUGGAAUCCGUGGAGCACGCCGCGGUGGGCGAGGAGCUCGACCGCAUGGUCGCCGACGCCGCCGCAAAGCCCGUCGCGGACACCGUCGACGACGGGCACGAGUUUGCCGCGCCCAUGUGGGAGCAGACGAAGCUGGUCACGCAGCGCAUGAACGUCUCGCUGUACCGCAACACCGACUACAUCAACAAUAAAUUCGCGCUGCACAUCGGGUCGGCGUUGUUCAACGGCUUCACGUUCUGGAUGAUUGGCGAUUCCGUCGCCGACCUCCAGCUCACGCUGUUCGUGCAGUUCAACUUUGUGUUCGUCGCCCCCGGGGUGAUCGCGCAGCUGCAGCCCCUGUUCAUCGAGCGCCGCGACAUCUACGAGACGCGCGAGAAGAAGAGCAAGAUGUACCACUGGGUGCCCUUUGUGACGGGCCUCAUCGUCUCCGAGGUGCCGUACCUGGUGAUCUGCGCGGUCCUGUACUACGUCUGCUACUACUACACCGCGGGCCUGCCCUCGGCCGCGAACAAGGCCGGCGCCAACUUCUUCGUGAUGCUCAUGUACGAGUUCCUGUACACGGGCAUCGGGCAGUUCGUGGCGGCGUACGCGCCCAACGCCGUGUUCGCGUCGCUGGCCAACCCGCUCCUCAUCGGCACCUUGGUCUCGUUCUGCGGCGUCAUGGUGCCCUACGCCCAGAUCCAGGCCUUCUGGCGGUACUGGCUCUACUGGCUGAACCCGUUCACGUACCUGAUGGGCGGCCUGCUGGUGUUCCCCCUCUUCGACAAGCCCGUGGUCUGCAGGGAGUCCGAGUUCGCCCUCUUCGACACCCCCGCGGGACAGACCUGCCGCGAGUACCUCGCCGACUUCAUGCAGGGCCAGAGCCCCGGCGCGAGGAUGAAUCUGACAAACCCGGACGCCACGCGCGAGUGCCGGGUGUGCCAAUAUACCAGGGGCAGCGACUACCUCUGGACGGUGAAUCUGAAGGAUUACUACUACGGUUGGCGAGACAAUGCGAUUGUCGUGAUUUUCGUCAUCAGCAGCUACGCCCUAGUGUACGCCUUGAUGAAACUGAGGACGAAGGCGACCAAGAAGGCCGAGUAAGAAGCCAUGCAAAUGUAUUUCACCGUGGUGAAUGAAUCCCAGGAGUUGUAAAUCGACUGCGCGGUCAAGAUGUAUCUACAAGUGGCUAGAAGGAGGGCAUCAUAAUCUUUGUGGACAUCGAAGAACACCAUGGGAAAAUGGUGUAGUUUCAGAAAGUCGUUUUUUGGGGCUGGAAGUUUCAAAUGCCAAUGCUUGGGCGAGUAUCGGAUGUAGAUCCCAGGGCGCUGAUAUAGAAAUAUAGACAUCUUUACUCCUGAGGAGUUGGGGGAGGAAAGGCUCAGCGUCAGGGAACUCGUUGGACAUGGUAUACCAUACUCAAAUACUGUAAUACUUCCCCUUGAACUUGGUAACCUGCACCAGACGGAGUGUUGACAGGUUCACGACCAACAAAUAACCUAUGAGGUCUAUACAGAAUACC